AUGACUAGCGUCGAAAAGGGAAGCCAGACUGUUCUAUUAGCUACAGCACGUGCUCACGUCAUCGGCAAGGAUCUCAAGCAACGGGUGUCUCGUGUAUUAUGCGAUCCUGGAUCUCAAGUAAGUCUGAUCUCGGAAUGUUUGGCUAAUGGUUUGGGUCUUUAUAGGAGCAAGUGUGAGAUUAUGGUGGAGGGAAUUAAUGGAGUUGCAUGUUCGAGGACCAAGGGUAGCGUCCGAUUUACGAUAAAAAGCAUUUUUUCUAAAUUUGAACUGGACAUUCAUGCAUUGGUUAUUGGUUCGAUCACUUCAGUUACACCAGCGGUUAGUGUCGAUAUUGGGCAAUGGAGACAUUUGGCAAAUCUCCAAUUGGCAGACCCAUAUUUUGGUACUCCGGGUCAUGUUGAUGUACUUCUUGGUGCUGAUGUCUGGGGUUCGAUUGUAGAAGGGGAUGUCAUACAUGGAGGGUAUGAUGAACCUCACGCACAGCUUACCCGACUUGGUUGGGUUGUAUUUGGGCCAGCGUCCGUUCAGGGCCAUUCUAGUACAACAGUUGGCAAUUAUUGCGCGCAGAUUAGAGACGAGUCUUAUUUGGAGGAUCUCAUUUGUAAUUUUUGGAAGCUCGAAGAAGUACCGGUGACAACUAAAUGCUCGGAUGAUGAAUGCGAGCGGUUCUUUGCCACUACACACCAACGUAUGGCCGACGGACGCUAUGUUGUGAGAUUACCAUUCCGUUAA